CGGAUGGCGAUGGUGUUGAGAAGAUUGCCGAGCACCAAGACCAGUGACAAAGGCGGCAGGGCAGGGCGACCACGGCUCAGUUGGGACUUGGGCACCGGGAACGGGUAGGGUAGUACUCACUCAUUGCUCCGCGUGUGUACGGGAGUCAGAGUCUGCGUGCAGCGGGACUGUCGGUCGCUACCAGUGCGUGGAUCCGGGCAGUGUGCGUGCGCGUCCAAGCAAUUGGUCGAUGAGCUUGAUAGAGCGCCGGGCACAAAUCAAAGCACUAAGAAAAUGAAUGCGUUUUGACUGUGACUAGGCGGCAGGCGAUGAGAGCAGCAACAGACAGCGGGCGGGGAAAGGGAGCGCCCAGCAGACAGACAGGCCGCCCGGCGAGUGCGAUGACGGCGUGCAUCCAGCGCUCCCAGCCAUCUUGCCAAUUGCGCUGCGAGCACUGCCCCUUUGCCAAGCCGAGGGCUAAACGUGCCGCCCACGCUGUUGCAGCCGGCGACCUGGCCAUCGCGCACGCUAGGCCACACGAUGCGCCGAUCCUGCCAGCGCGGACAAGCUCUGGGAAGCUCUUCGAGCUGCGUGCCUGUGGUGCUCUCGUGCGCGAGGCAAAAGCGCGCUGCGACAGCCGCAAAAUGCACCCCGGGAGGUGCGCGCACGGCGCCGUGGUGCAGCACAUGGCGCUGACGUCGACGUGGGCCCAAGCUCCACAGCGCGCCGCGGAGCACCCGUCCAAGACUAUCGAUGCCAGCGCACGGCGGAACAGCAACCUGAGGCAAAACGCCAAGGUGUGAUUGCGCUAGAGUUCUACAGAGGGUAUAUGUAAACACAGCCCGCCGCUGCCCCCCACGUGACAUCGUAUCCAGAAAGCCAAGGAAGACACAAAUCGACAAGAGCAAUUGCGCCUGAUGAACAACGCCGGCG